GCGGCGGCAGCUGAUCGCGGCGCGGCGGCGGCGGCGGCGAUGGACUUUCUGCUGGGGAACCCCUUCAGCUCCCCCGUAGGGCAGCGUAUCGAGAGAGCUACUGAUGGGUCCCUGCGGAGUGAGGACUGGGCUCUCAACAUGGAGAUCUGCGACAUCAUUAACGAGACUGAAGAAGGGCCCAAAGAUGCCUUCCGAGCCAUUAAGAAGAGAAUUGUAGGGAAUAAGAACUUCCAUGAAGUUAUGCUGGCUUUGACGGUCCUGGAAACAUGCGUCAAAAACUGUGGCCAUCGCUUCCAUGUCCUUGUAUCCAGCCAGGACUUUGUAGAAGGUGUCCUGGUGAGAACAAUCCUGCCGAAGAACAAUCCGCCUGCCAUAGUGCAUGACAAGGUGCUGACCCUCAUCCAGUCCUGGGCAGAUGCCUUCCGCAGCUCACCGGACUUGACAGGUGUCGUCGCUGUCUAUGAAGACCUGAGACGGAAGGGUCUGGAGUUCCCCAUGACUGAUCUGGACAUGCUGUCACCCAUCCACACACCACAGAGGACUGUGUAUAGCUCUGACUCCCAGUCUGGACAGAACUCACCUGUGGUCAACUGCCCUCAGCAGAUAGAGUCCAUCCUCCACCCUGUCACCCUGCCCACCGGGAGAGGCACAUCCAGCGACGCGCCCAUCACACCCACGCCAGAGCAGAUCGGGAAGCUGCGCAGUGAGCUGGAAGUGGUGAACGGGAACAUGAAGGUCAUGUCGGAGAUGUUGACGGAGCUGGUGCCGUCCCAGGCUGAGCCUUCUGACCUGGAGCUGCUGCAAGAGCUGAAUCGGACAUGCAGAGCCAUGCAGCAGCGUGUGCUGGAGCUGAUUCCCCGUAUCCUCCAUGAACAACUCACUGAGGAGCUGCUCCUCAUCAAUGACAACCUCAACAAUGUGUUUCUACGCCAUGAAAGGUUCGAGCGCCUUCGGACAGGACAGCCUGUUAAGGCACCAAAUGAGGCAGAGAACAGCUUGAUUGACCUGGGACCCAGUCCUCCUUCUGCAGUGAGACAGCCUGAAGUCACCAACAAUCUCUCCUCUCAGCUGGCUGGAAUGAACCUGGGCUCAAGCAGCGUAAGCGCGGGGCUGCACACCCUCGACACCUCUGGCAAGCUAGAAGAAGAGUUUGACAUGUUUGCCCUGACCCGUGGCAGCUCACUGGCUGACCAGCGCAGAGAGGUAAAGUACGAAGAUCCCCAAGCCUCCAAAGGACUCGCUGGUGCCCUGGAUGCCCGGCAGCAGAACACAGGAACGGGGGAGUCUGGUGCCUCCAGUGAUGGAGCCCAACUGACUAAGUGGAUGAUGCGGCAAGGAAUGGUGAGAUCGUGGAGCGCCAGCAGGGAGGAAGGAGGCUGGGGCUGCUGAACUGAGGUGGUGCUGGCACAGCACGUGAGGAUGCACAGCAGACAUCAGCAGAGACUGCAAAUUGAAAUGGAGCAACCCUGGUCUGGGCCAGUAGUGAAGACCAGGGUUGGGAAGGAAGCAGGCAGAGUGUCAGUCCUUCCUCAAGUAAACAUGUUUGUAGGAAGAAAUCCUAGGAGCUCUGAGGCCAGGAGAGCAUGUGCCACUCUUUGUGCUAGAGGAUGGCCUGUUUUGGGGUGGGCGUCUGGGGCAGAGGCACUAGCUGGUGGCAUCAUGAGGAAGGCUGCCGCCAUUCAUUCCCCCUGCAGCCUCUCCUGCUCAGCAUAAGCUGCCCCAUUUGGAGGAAAACACAUUCCAGCUUUUACUCUGUUCAAGGCCUCCUCCUCUAGCUAAAGUGUUUGAGCCUUCAGGCUGUUGAAUUUGGUCUUUUGGCAGCAGGAAUUCCUGCAAUUCCAUCCCCUCAGGCACACUGAGGCUUUGACACACUCCCAGGUCUGAAGCUUGUUAGCCUGUCUUCCUGAAAUAACUACUGCCCAGACUGAUGUCUGCUCUAGGAAGUUUCCCCACAUGCUGUCCAGUUGGCUUGAAUGCACUUCUACCCCAAAGAGUUCCUCUUUGGGUAGACAGAGCCACUUUGCUUUGAAACUUGCCUAAUCUCACACAUCCUCUUCCAUCCCCAUUCAUCCAUCUGCCAGCUGUGGUAACUAUCUGAACUUGCUCCCUGGUUUGGGGAAAUCUGCCUGUCCUCGGUAAGAAGGGGUUGCUCUUUUUCUUGGUCUUGCUAUUUUCCUGAGAGCAAGGGAGCUAUACAUAUUAGCAGACUAAUAAAUAAGUUCCCACAAAUAUGCUCUCACGCUUCUGAUUGUGGAUCCUCUAGCAAGGGCUGCUCCUUGCUCAGCUUUGUUCAGGAGCUCGUAAGUGGAGAAGAGGAUCUGGGGUUUUGAAUCAGGCUUGGUUGCCCUCAAGGUUAUCUCUGUCCUUUAGGAAGGUGUCUCUUUGCUGCUUAAAUUGGCCAGGGACAUGAAGUCUUCUGAGCUAGCCUCAUCCCUACUGGAAGCAAAAUUUACCUUAAUUGUGGAGGACUUUCUCUUUGAUGGGUCUGUUUCUGUAGUUUGGUGAGAUGUCAAAUCCUGCUGUGCUCCAUGAUCCUACCAAGUAAUCACUUCUUUCCUUCUUAAUGUGGUGCCAAACCUGGCAUGUCCAAUAUCUUCAGCAUCGCAGACUUUGACAUCAGACUGCCACUGGUUUGUAGAAGGGAGGAGGUGUGGAGAAAAGCAUAUCUCUUGUUCUCUGGCUGCCUACCACAAGCAGCCAAUUUCCACCUAGUGAGUCCUCACCAAAACGGAAAGCCUGGUCCAGUCCUAAUACCCCAAAGCCAACCACCAAACCCCAGAUGCUUUUAAUGGCACGUAUUCUAGAAACUAUACGUGUCUGGGUGCGGACGGGGCAGAGGAAGCAGGUGCGCGGUGGCAAUGGUAGCUGGGAGAGCUUUGCGGUGGCACUGGCUGGAUUUGGAAGGGCCUGAGCUGACUGAAUGGUGGGGUGAGAGAGUUAGCUUUUGGGUUGGGCUUUCCUUUUGCAGAGUGGGUUUCCUGGAACAUCCUCUCUUUUCUCGGCCUCAUCCUUUUCUUUCCUUCU